CACAACAAACCAACCAACCAAAAAUUGCACCGACAGUUGAACAAUAAUCAAAAAGAAAAAUAAAAAAUAAAAAAAUUGAACCCGGUGAUCUUAGGGUUAAAUUUUACUGCGGCGAUCUGGUGGUUUCCGGCGGAUUUGCAUUGCAAUGGAGUCUCAUGGAGCCGGACUCCGCCGCGUUCUGCUCCUGUCCGUUUGUGUCGUUGGCAUUUGGUCCGCUUACAUUUACCAAGGCGUCCUCCAAGAGACCGUGUCGACAAGGAGAUUUGGUCCUGAGAAGAAGAGGUUCGAGCACUUGGCAUUCUUGAAUCUAGCACAAAAUGUAUUCUGUUUGAAUUGGUCAUUCAUAAUGAUAAAGAUUUGGUCCAAUGGUGGUGAUGGUGCUCCUUGGUGGAGUUAUUGGAGUGCCGGUAUAACAAAUACAAUUGGCCCAGCUAUGGGGAUUGAAGCAUUGAAAUAUAUUAGUUACCCUGCUCAGGUGCUGGCAAAAUCCUCAAAAAUGAUUCCAGUUAUGCUGAUGGGUACACUAGUUUAUGGAAUUAGAUAUACCUUUCCAGAGUAUCUUUGUACAUUACUUGUUGCCGGAGGGGUAUCAAUGUUCGCACUUUCAAAGACUAGCUCGAAGACAAUAAGCAAACUAGCCCACCCAAAUGCUCCACUUGGAUAUGGGCUUUGUUUUCUGAACCUUGCUUUUGAUGGAUUCACCAAUGCCACUCAGGAUUCAAUUACAGCCAGGUACCCAAAGACGAGUGCUUGGAAUAUAAUGCUAGGAAUGAAUAUAUGGGGUACCAUUUACAAUAUGAUAUUCAUGUUCGGGUGGCCAAAUGCCAUCGGAUUUGAGGCAAUUCAGUUCUGCAAGCAGCAUCCGGAGGUUGCAUGGGACAUUUUCCUCUACUGUUUGUGCGGUGCAAUUGGCCAAAAUUUCAUUUUUUUAACCAUUAGUCGAUUUGGUUCACUGACUAACACAACAAUAACCACAACACGGAAAUUUGUAAGCAUAGUGGUAUCUUCACUGCUGAGUGGCAAUCCUCUGUCGUAUAAGCAAUGGGGAAGUGUUGUCAUGGUUUUCUCAGGAUUAUCCUACCAGAUAUAUUUAAAAUGGAGAAAAUUGCAGAGAAUGCAGAGGAAAAAGAAGGCAAUGUGAGGAAGUCCAGCAUUGUUGAAUUUAAGACGCUAGGCAUUUUUCCCCCUCUGAUAAGAUAUUGAUCAUAAGGCAUUGUGGUUGUAUUAUCAAAAUGGGAGAAUGUAACUGGUUAGAUAUAUAGACACUAGAUAGAUUUCUAUAUAAAGCCCAUCUGUAGAAGUUUUGUUUACAUAUUCAGUAACUGUGGAUUCAUGUGUUAAUCUCAGUUGGUCAAAUAUAUAUUUUUGUUCAGUUAUUAGAAGCAUGUUUGGCUUAGCUUAAA